UGCAAAAGGCUAAACUCAGUAACCCGAGCAAUCAUUGUCCUCAGCUAGCUGUCAUUACGAAGUGCUUCUUCUUCAAACUAUUUUCUUUAGGUUUUUAGUCUAUGAAGUAGAUUCGCGCGGGGAACAGCCAUGGGUGUUCGGUUCCUUGAUUACCUGACACCUUUCGUGUCAAUACUGCCCGAAAUAUCUAAGCCAGAGCGGAAGAUUGCGUUCAAGGAAAAGGUGCUAUGGACUGCCAUCACCUUGUUCAUCUUCUUGGUUUGCUGCCAGGUGCCUUUAUUUGGUAUUAUGUCUAGUGACUCGGCCGAUCCACUGUACUGGAUCAGAGUAAUUAUUGCAUCCAACAGAGGGACGCUUAUGGAGCUGGGUAUUUCUCCUAUCGUCACAUCUGGUCUUAUUAUGCAGCUCCUGGCUGGUGCCAAAUUGCUCGAAGUGGGGGAUUCUCCCAAGGACAGGGCUAUUUUCAAUGGUGCUCAAAAAUUAUUUGGUAUGAUUAUUACCCUCGGACAAGCCACAGUUUAUGUAAUGACAGGCAUGUAUGGUGACCCAGCAGACCUCGGUGCAGGUAUCUGUGUUCUAAUCGUCAUCCAGCUGUUCUGCUCCGGUCUAAUUGUCCUCCUCCUUGACGAGCUGUUGCAGAAGGGCUAUGGUCUGGGCUCUGGUAUCUCUCUCUUCAUUGCCACUAACAUCUGUGAGACUAUUGUGUGGAAGGCAUUCAGCCCCACCACUAUCAACACUGGACGAGGAACUGAAUUCGAAGGUGCCGUCAUUGCUCUCUUCCAUUUGUUGGCAACACGCUCCGACAAAGUGCGCGCUCUGCGCGAAGCUUUCUACCGCCAGAACCUGCCCAACCUGAUGAGCUUGUUUUCCACAAUCUUUGUCUUCGGCAUUGUGAUCUACUUCCAGGGUUUCCGUGUGGACCUUCCCAUCAAGUCGGCCCGCUACCGUGGUCAGUACUCUAGCUACCCAAUCAAGCUGUUCUACACCUCCAAUAUUCCCAUCAUCCUGCAAAGUGCUCUGGUCAGCAACCUGUACGUCAUCUCACAGAUGCUGUCCACUCGCUUCGCUGGUAAUAUCAUAGUCAGCAUUCUAGGCACGUGGUCAACAGCCGAUGGCUCUGCACGCUCGUUCCCAACGUCAGGUCUCUGCUACUAUCUUUCACCACCCGAGACGAUUAGUCACAUCAUCGAAGAUCCUGUGCACGCUGUUCUCUACAUCGCCUUCAUGUUGGGCUCUUGUGCAUACUUCUCCAAAACAUGGAUCGAUGUGUCCGGCUCCUCGGCUAAGGAUGUUGCAAAGCAACUCAAGGACCAGCAGAUGGUUAUGCGUGGACACCGUGAGAAGUCAAUGGUUCAUGAACUGAACAGGUAUAUUCCAACCGCUGCCGCAUUCGGUGGACUCUGCAUUGGUGCUUUGUCCGUACUCGCUGAUUUCCUUGGUGCAAUUGGAUCUGGAACUGGUAUUCUGCUGGCUGUGACCAUCAUCUACCAAUACUUUGAAAUCUUCGUCAAGGAACAACAGGAACUUGGUGGCAUGGGCACGCUUCUCUUCUAGUCAUUUUUCUGUUGACCAUUUUUCAUUUUUUUCAAGCAAAGAAAACUUUAUUAGAUCAAUACUCCCAUACCAGAACAUAAUACGUACAUGACCACUGCUGUACACAAAUAUUAUUCUUGCUAUCUGUGAAUGCAUUUAGAAUCUGCUGUGCUGUGCAGGGAACCAUUGAUCUUGUCGUUAUCUUGGCAAUAAGCCCAAGGCGACGGGAAUGAGCUAUUUGAUAAAGGGGUAGUAAAGUCUUGUACUAUCAUUUGUAGACUUGUUGCAUGUUAUCUUGAUGGCUCUUUUUUCAUACCAUUGAGAAGUAUUUUGUCCGGGGUUAAUGAA